UCGAGGCACGAGCUCGUCAUUACUUUUCAUUUAUCGUUUGGGACUCACAAAAGUGCUUGCUGUUUAUUAUUAGUUUUACCAAAAAAAAAAACACAAUGAAACGUUUCUUGACUUGUCACGGUGUUACUAACUGCCAGUGCUUUCCUGCUGACCGAUGGCGACGUGUUGGAGCCCUGGAGAACGACAAGAUUUAUUGCUGCAGCGGCCGAAAGAACUUCAGCACAACGGAACCAGAAUCGAUCAGAGAGAAGAAGAAAAAAAAAAAAAAGGAACCGGAAAAUUUGUGCGGCGUUGAAAUCUCUCUACCUCGUCUGUCGUCGGAUGUGUUUUGUUUUCUUACCGACGUGCUACUGUUAACCUUCUACUAGACGAAUCCAGCUGAAUCGACACCCACUGGCGUAGAAGAAAUUUAAAAAAGAAAAAAACACCUUCAUCAUUAGCGAGGAGGCAAAGGGGAGCUUCUUCUCUUUAAAGCCCAAAACAAAACGGCGGGAAGACCAAGCAGAUUGGCGUAACUGUCCGACGACACGAGAUCCGCUGUGCGAAAAGAUAUGGCCGCCACAGAAACCCGAUCGAGCGACGGCGUCGUCUACGUCAAACGAGAUUUGUACCCUAUGAGCUCGUCUGCGAUGGACGACGACGAAGAAAUCGCCGACAGACGACACGAGCGCCGCCGUCAUCGCGACGAUGAAGAUGACGUCGAUGACCGACCACCCGUCCUUAAAUUAGCCCGUUACAACAUUUCACCCGCCGUCCCGUCCCUGUUGUCGCUUCAUCACCAUCACCAUCACAAUGGCUACGUGAGUAACGCGUACGGCGAUCAGCUGACGUCACCCAUUCCGCGGAGGAAACAAGCCAGACCGAGACGCAGAUCUGGAGAUUCUUCUUCUUCACCUCCAUCGUCGUCCUCGUUGAUGGCGAUGGAACAUCACCGUCAUUUCCAGUCGAUGUUCCGGUCGACCCCAUCGCCCGUCCAAGACAUGCCCGAAGAUCUUUCCGUCAAGAAAUCUUCGCCUCCAUUGGUGGCGGAGAGGCAAGAAAGUGAGGAUAACCAAUCGGGAAGGAACAGUAACGACCAAGACAGUCAUCGCAGUGAUACGCCGUUGCCAGUGCCUUCACUGAAAGCCGAGAGCAUCAACAGCGAUAGUGCAAAGAGCGAAUUCAGCUUAGCCGAAAGAAACAGUCUAUUCUCGCCAGGUCCUUCUGGUGCUCUGGAAACAAUGGCGACCCCGCCGAUGCACUCCAGUUCGAUUCUUUCAAUGACUCCCAUUCACCAAUCUGAUCGCCGUAAAGGACAACACAGCGCUCCCCGCGGCGGCCCCCCGCGCGCUUGGACCAACGGUGAUCUGACGGAAGCGCUGAACCAUGUCUGGAACCGCAAGAUGACGACGUCGCAAGCGUCGCGAGUCUUUGGCAUCCCUUACAAUAGUUUACUGAUGUACGUCCGAGGAAAGUACGGCAAGUCUCUCAAGCUGGACACGCUCCGCAAAGAGACGCUGGAAGGCGAAGCUAUGGCUCUGGCCGCUUCCACCAGAGGCUCUUACAAAUUGGCCGCGGCUGCUGCUGCGGCCGCUGCAGCCGCUGAAUCUCCGGCGAAAAUAAACAACAAGGCAAAACAAUCCAAAGAAGGCGGUGGAAACAAGAGCGCUCCAUGUACACCGAGUCCCACAGUCAGCGCCAAAAGCCCCAGCAAUAAUAACAACAACAAUAAUAAUAACAAUAAUAACAACAACAUGAAUAGCCACAAUCACAAGAGCCUCAACAAUAACGACGUCAAAAGUAAGAGCGGGCAGAUUGUGAGCGGACCUUCUAAUCUAUCAGGAGUUUAUCCAACGCCGCAACAUCGUCUAAAUGAAAUGGAAGCUCUCGGUAUGGCCGGAUUGGCCCACGCGGCUGGAUUGGGUGGUUUUGGCGGUGUCAAUCCUUACUUGAGUUAUUUUUGCGACUUCUCCUUCCCAAUGCCGAUGGGUCUGGGUGCUGGGCUUCUGCAGGCCACCACCGGGGCAGCGACGGGAGCGGGCAAACAUCACCGAGCGGCCAUCGAUCAUCAGGGGCUAUUGCAUAAGAAGUUACCGAAGCCAUCGGGCAAACAUCAUCGGACUAAACUGGGCAAAUCGGCAAUGUCCAGCAUGGAUGGUGAUGUCAAGACGGACAAGGAUGCCGAUGAUGAAUCCAACCAACCGCAUCGAUUAACUUUGCCGAUGAUUCGAUCGCCAAUGGAUCGGCAUCAAACUGGCCAAGUUUGAUAUCAAUUUCGCCCGUUGCUGAUUUAUGUCAAGACUCCAUGUUUCGACGCACCAAUUUCACGAAAUUCUAGGCGACUCCUGAUGUUCGUGACCCUAAAUUCUCCAUGUACGUAAAAAUUCAGAACUGAACAGUUUUCAACUUGAUGAAAUUCACGAGAUCUCAUCCCUCUCUCGCUCCUCUUUGUUAAGUGUAAAUUAGCGCCCUGUUGCCUCUUGAUUUCUUGACAUUGAUACUCAAGGAUAGAACUAUUUGGAUGCGAAGUUUUUGCAUACGUUUCAGAUGUAAUACUCGCAGCGCGCGUGCGAAAAUUGGAAUAAUUUUCCCCCAGGACAAGAAAAAGAAGAAGAAAAAAGCAAAAAACUAAAUAAAACAAAAAUUUAUUCACAAAAAAAGAAAUAAGAAAAAAAAAAAAAAUGAAAGAAACGGAAUCCAUCCGUUGUAAUAUUUCUUUUCUCAAAUUCGUUCAUUAUAAAGACUCACUUCGUUGCACCAUGUGAUAAAAAAUUAUUAAGGAUAAUGAACUUGAUCUUCUUUGCGAAAAGUUAAUGGUGGAGGUUAUGUCUGUGCGCAAGUCUUGAAUGCCUUGGCCUUUCGUUACGGUUCUAAUGUUCCUCAGCCGAGUGUAUUCACCCGUUCCAAUCAACGGUUUCCAAUAUGCCCGUGAAAUUGUCGUGUUGCAAGUUCCUCUCAUUAAUGUUGGAAAAACGUUGUGGUGGACAUACAUACGUACGUACAAUACCAUGUAAAAUCCUGAACUAAAUAGCCUGGCCUUGAUUUGUUGCCGUGUAAGUAUUAUUGUCGUUGUUGUCUCAACUUAGUGUUUGUCACUCAGAUUUAUUCAGUUGCAAACGCUGAAUGGAAACGUCACACCCCUCCUCCCACCGAUGUGCACGUCCUGUAAUUUAUUGUACCUCUUCGACGCACGUAAAAGAACCAAUACAAACACUGGGGUUUUGUCACUAA